AUGUCCACCAUCGAAGAGACAGUGCAGCCGGCGGUCAGCGACUACCCUACCGACUCACCCUUUGAAGCCGAACUCGAAGCGGCGCACAAGCUGUUCCUCGAAGAGCUAGCCUCGACCGAAGGGUGGGAGGACUUUGGCGAGACGAACGAGGUGCAGCUGCACAGGAAGGCGGAUCCCGAUGUGAGUGGUGGGAGAGUGCGACCAUACUGCCCUGUACUGUAGCAUCUUGUGCUGACUUUGUUCAUCAUCGUCAAUCCCUUGCUCGUUCCCAUUCUCGUUGCCCCAUCGGUUGUGGCUCGUCGCCCGCCGGCAACAUGUGCCCCACCUCACCACUUCGCCGGCUUCAAAUGCCCGCCUACUCGCGCUUAAAUCGUGCUGCUCUUCAACAGGAUGCCUACGCCGUCCCCACCGUCCGAGGUGAAUGUAUCGUCAAGGACUGCACCAGUGAUGAUGUAAGCCCGUAUUUGCGAUCUUGCGCUUCGCAAGUUGCCCGCCCCCACACGCACCACGUGGAGGUCUUCGGCUGGCCAUAUGCGACAGGAGGUUCGUAUGCGCCUCCGGACCGAUAUUGGCCAACAAAUUCCUACUUUAUUGAUCUCUACAGUUUCUUUCCAUCCUUCAACUGCCUGGGUUGCGCAAGCGAUGGGACCCUCGAUUCGAUUCGGGCAUCAUGGUCCGUCGAUUCAACCGCUUCACGUACGAGUUCUACACGACCAUGCUCGGCAUGGGUUGGAUUGUCUGGCCUCGUGAUAUAAUUGGUGUCCAGAAGAACUACAAGUCGUUGGAACUGAACCAGGAGAUUGUCGUCGUGCAAGCUUCCGUCACCGAUGACGAACACGGUCCCGAGCAGUCGGGCAAAACCCGAGCGACGGUGACCGUGUCGGGAUGGCAAUUGUUGCCUCAAGGCAGCGACCUCAAGGUGACUUACAUUGUCAAGAUCUCGUUGAAUGGAUCGAUUCCCCUGGCGAUGGUUCAAAAAGUCGCAGUCGAGAUCCCCCUCUGCACCGGUCGCGCGAGGGACAUUUACUACGAACUCGGUCACGCCCCUUACGCCAUCCCCCAUGACGGCAAAGAGCCUUCGGUCGUGUUCCAAACAGAACACAUGUCCGGUCCCGAUUCAUGGGGAGGUGUCGGUCCGCUCGAGUACCGUUGCGCGUUCACCACCUCCGCCGACGGCAUCUUUGACAUCAAGACGGACGUGCAAAAGUUCUACAAGGACGGUGUCGAGGCGGCGAUCGAAGGAGAUGGUGGAGCCGAAGUCUCGGUCGAUGAUGCGACGGGGUUGGUCACGGUCAAGUGCACCGAGGCGGGCAAGUUCAAUACCGUGGUCUUGACCAGGAAGGAGUGA